UUCAAUCAGAGUGAGUAACUUGCUUUCCGAUUCUCUUCGAGCAAUGGAAGCUAAUGCCGUCAAAUUCCAUGGAAAGCCCUCCAUUUUCACCGCAUUGAGAACAGUCCGAUCAUCAGUUCUCUCGUUUCAAUGCCGGAACAAACGCUUUUUUCCUUUCUCGCUCACAACCACAAGAUGUUCGGGUUCCACCACCAAAAGUAGCGAAACGGAUCAAGAUUCGACCUUUCAAUCAUCACAAUCCGAUUCCUUAUCGACCUCUUCAUUGCCAUCUUCGAAGAGAGGGCUUAUUCUCGAUCUGGGCCUUUCCAACGACUCGUGGGACAGCGAGGAGAUUGGAUCUCCUGUUGUGAAGAGGUUUCUAAGCGAUAACGAAGAGAGAUGGUACAUGUGGUACCACGGAAGCUCCAAGCAAACCCCAGUUUCCGAUUCUAUCGGAUUAGCGGUUUCGAACAAUGGGAUUCACUGGGAAAGAGGGAAAGGGAAAGUUGAGUCGCCCGACGAUGUGGGUUUGGUCAUGAGCUCUUGUGAAGAUUGGUGGGCGUUUGAUAAGGCGAGUGUACGACCCGUUGAAGUAGUGAUAAUGUCUAGCUCCAAAGUCAGAGCUAAUAGCUCUGUUUACUGGAUGUAUUACACUGGCUACACUACUGAGACUGUUGAGUUUCAGUCCCAAGGUUUCAACUUUGGGUUGGGAUUUCCAGAAAGGUCUCACCUUUGUGAUGAUAAGGAGGGGAAAUCUAGAGUUUAUAGGUCACUUCCUGGGCUAGCAAUCAGCCAAGAUGGUAGGCAUUGGGCUAGAAUUGAAGGUGAGCAUCAUAGUGGGGCGUUGUUUGAUGUUGGGUCUGAAAAAGAUUGGGACUUUCUCUAUAUUGCAUCACCACAUGUAGUUUUCCAUGGAAGUGGGGACCUUAGGAUGUAUUACCAUUCGUUCGAUGCGAGAACCGGCGAAUUCUGCAUUGGGAUGGCAAGAUCUAGGGAAGGGAUCAAGUGGGUGAAAUUUGGCAAGAUCAUAGGAGGAAGAAAAUCUGAAAACGAUGGACCCGGUUUCUUCGAUGAGCUUGGUGGAAGAUAUCCUUGCGUUACAAGGAACAAGAGAGAUGGGAGUUAUGUGAUGGCCUAUGAAGGUGUAGAUAGAAACGGGAAGACCAGCAUUGGCUUGGCGGUUUCGAACGAUGGGAUUAAGGAUUGGAAACGUGUUCAGGACGAGGAAGCAGUGCUCGACGUUGGUGAAGGCGGUGCUUGGGAUAACGAAGGAGUUGGGUGUCCGUGUUUGAUUGAGAUGGAUGGAGACUCUGAUCAUCAAUGGAGAUUGUAUUAUAAAGGUGUUGGCAAUGGAGGAAGAACAGGGAUUGGUCUGGCUUCGUCUGAUGGAAAUGAGAUCACUAAGUUUACAAAACAGUCAGGGAUUCACUUGUGAGAUUGAUCAAAUCUCUUUUGCUUAUGUAAUUGGAAAUCAAGAAAAUGGGAGGGGAGCAAU